UCGUCUUCGUCAAUCGAACAGUUCGAUCAAGCUGUGUUAAUUAGCAGCCAUGGCGUUGGAGCAUCUCGGGAGGAGGAACGUGGCGGGGUCGCUGCUGCUGCUGAACCUCCUCAUGUACGUCUUCUUGCUGGGGUUCGCCGGGUGGGCGCUCAACAGCUCCAUCAAGAACGCCGGCGCCGACGUCGGCGUCGGCUGGGGGGAGCAGCCGUGGUCGCCGUACUACCGCCAGAGCGCGUGGUUCGCCUCGAGGUUCCACCUCGCAACGUUCGCGGCGCUGGCGGGGGCGCUGGGCGUCGCGGCGAAGGCGUCCGCGGCGUACCACGGCGGCCGCUCGGGCGCGUCGUGGCGGCCGCAGGGGCUCGCCGCCGCGGCGUCGCUCGGCACCGCCGCGUGGGCGGCCACCGCGCUGGCGUUCGGGGUGGCGUGCAGGGAGAUCCACGACGCCGCCGCGGCGGGGCCCGCCGGCGCCGCGCGCGGGUGGCGGAUGCGCGCGCUGGAGGGGCUCACCGUGACGCUGGCGUUCACGCAGCUCCUCUACGUGCUGCUGCUGCACGCCGCCGUCGCCGGCGAGCGCUGCGGCCUCGCCUGCGCCGCCGACGCAUGAUCAUCUCGAUCGAGCUCUCUGGAUCAAUUUCAUUAAUUUCCAAAUAAUAAUAACCGGGCGUGUUUGUGUUAUGUCACCGGGAAAUGUGUUUUGCUGAUGUGUACGCGUUGGGGUUCUCGCGACGUCGAUUGUAGUAUUGCAAAUUUGCUGCUUUUUAAUAAUGGAAUAAAUAUCCCCACCGCUGCACUUUAAGGAUGCACAAAUAAUCCUGAUUA